AUGGAAAUCAUAAGUAAUGAAGUAAGGAAAUUAAGUGCGUGCUUGAGACAAGUAGAGAAUCUGAAUCCAAGUGGUGCUUCAGAUGAAGACAUUUUAGCUCGCGCAAAGAUGUUAUUUAUGCAAGAACCAAAGUACAAAAAAUGUUUCAAAUUUGAUCAUGUCUGGAAUAUGGUUAAAAAUUUCGAAACAUUUAAAGAUGAUGUCUCCACAGCAAGACAAGUUGGUCGAAGACAACCCCAAAGCAUGAACUUCGACUCGUCACAAUCAGAUAAUCCCACUCCAGAAUCUCCUAUAUCAACAUCUCCUGGACUGUCAUCAUUUACUCCAUCUGAACGACCUAUUGGGGUAAACAAAGCCAAAUUGAAAAGGAAAAAUGAUGAUCAUGAGUCAAGUGUAGUGGACUCCAUCGAGACCUCCAAUAACCGACUUAUAGACAGGUUAGACAAGGCGAGCUUGGACAGAUUGUUAACCCAAGACAAGCUAAUUAGAAUGAGGAUUCUUAAUGAAAAUAGAUGUGUUCUAUGUCCUUCUGAUCUGCGAAGAGAGGAAACUAGUCAUCACUUGUUCUUUGAUUGCCAGUAUUCAGCUCAGGGAAAUGGAUUCAUGAAGAGGAUUAAGAGAAUAUCUCUAGCUACUACAAUUUAUUUUGUGUGGCAGGAAAGAAAUCUGCAGAUAUUUCAGGGGAAAAAUCGUGAUACUGGGAUUCUCUUUCGGGCAGAUUGUUAUGCUGGAGUUCUUGAUGUUCUACAAAGUUUCACAUGGUGA